UUUCCGGAGCUAACUUAUUACACCAACUUGUUUGCUAACAGCAGUGUGAGCUAACGUCGUUUGUUUAUUUGCGCUACUUCGAGGAAACAUGUUUGGUGUUAAACUUUGGGUGACCCUCUUCUUUCCUCUGACUUUAAAUGGAUUAAUACUCGGACAGGAACACGGUCCAGGUGGUGUUAGAGUGGUUGUGAAAGAAGACAGAGAUGGCAUGUUACCCUGUUCUCUCAGCACCAAGGAGAGCAUUGUAUCAGGGGUCUUUGUCUGGAGGAAAGUUGCUCAGAAAGAUGAAGGUCUGAAGGAGGUGUUCCUGUAUGACGUAGGCAAACAUUACAACAACGGUCGUCCAGGUCAGAGUGAGCAGUUCAAAGGUCGAGUCUCUCAUUUUCAAGAUGAACUGGAUCACGGCAACGCCUCCAUAAUCAUCAGAAAUACAAAGAUAUCUGACAGUGGAAACUACACCUGUGAUUUUCCUCGUCUUCGCCCACGUCAAACAUUCUCCAUUGAACUUGUUGUUGCCGCGACACCGAAGCCAUCUGUAACAAUCCUUGAUGCCACAGCUGGCUGGGUCCUGCUGCAGUGUGAGGUUCAUGGUGCUUCUCUAACAUCUGGAGUGGAGUGGAAGGACAGUGCUGGAAACACACUUCCUGCUGAGGAGACACGGACCCCAGAGAGAGACCACUACUACAUCACCCUCAACACUACUGUUACCAGGACCAGCCGUUACCGCUGUGUAGUAACACAGGAGGAAAUCAGCCAUCAGACUCACGCUGAGAUCUUUGUGCCUAUCAGUGGGAAAGUGUGUGAGGACUCAUGCAGUAAAGAGGCCGGAUGGUUGUUUGGUGGAUUUUUUUUGGGAGUUCUGAGUGUUGCUAUAGUUCUAGCUCUGCUUGUAGUCACAAAUACCAUCACAAUACGCUGCUAUAAAGGUUCUCGUCAGCAGGGAAACGGUCCAUGCGAAAAGUGUUCAGAGAUGCUACGUCCACAAAAUGGUCGAUGACUUUAAGUCUGUGUGUUUACUUGUACAUCUGUCUUUGUGAGAAUCAGUUUGAAUUUUUGAAUUUGUGUGUUUGAGGGUUCAGACCAGAGGCCCUUCCUAGUACAGGCCUCAGGUACGGUGUUCAUUUUAGGACAUCCUCAGAUCUCAGACUCAGGUGUUAAACUCAAACACAACAGUCUUGACAAUAUACCAAGAAACUUUGGAGCAGAUUGUCACAUUUUAUUGCUGUUCAUAUUUACCCUCAAUUCACAUUACUUUGGGAAACUGUAUUGUUUGGAUUCACUCAAUAUGAUAGAAAGUUUAAUUCAGAGUAUUAUGUGAUACAUUUUAUAAUUAUUUUAACCAAAUUUUAUUUACAUGAGUCAAAGUUUUUGAAAAAGAAUCCAACCUUUUUGGAGCUGGCUUCCAAUAUUAAACAAUACAUAUUUUCCAUAUCUGAAUGUACAAACAAAAAAACAUAGAUCAUAUUACUACCUCUGUAAGCUGUACAAAAUAUUUAUAUGAAGUUUUUUGCUUUGUUUUGAUUUCUGUCCUUUAGUAACCCCUAGGGAUGCACCGAUCCGACUUUUUCAGUCCCGAUACCAGGGCUUUGUGUAUCUGUCGAUACCCGAUACCGAUCCGAUACCGUUGUUGAAAUAAUAAUUACCUGUAUGCUCCGCUGCAUGCUUGAAGUGAUGUGUCUUUAAUGUUAGCACGGCCGAGUAAUGUUAGAGCGACGGGCAACAACCGUGUCUAAAUUAUGUCAGAUUUUUUAGAAACAAAAACUUGGGAACAACAGACGGCUCCUCUCUUGAGCACACGUUGUUCUGGUGUAUCUCCGCUCUUUCUUCAUCCUCUAGCUA